UAGAAGCAAAUCGUUUCCUUCAUGACCCAACGGUCAUCUUAAUCACCUAGCCGUUGCUCUUCUUCUCUCUUCAAUCAUAAUAAAAAUACAAUAUCUUUAUAUAUAUAAAAAAGGCAAAAACUUUAUUUUUCUAAUUUUAAUUUCUUGCCUCUUAAUUCUUCUGUCUCUCCUCGCUUAUUUCAAUCCCCUUCUCUGACUCCUCCUGAUUCAAUCAAUUGCAUCAGACAGAGAGAACAGAGAGCACAGAGAGAGAUCCUUCUUCGUUUGAUGCUCUUCUUCCAUUAGAUUCUUCUCUAGGGAACACUAUCCAAAUCGAGAAAAAAAGAAUGGUUAAUCCAGAGACUAAUCGUAAUCUCGUUGCCAAACCCAUUACAGAGAUUCAUCUUCAAGAUGAUGAUACGAGAACCAGAAAAGUCGGAAUAGAGACGAAGAGACAGAACAGGAGAGCAUUGGGUGUGAUUAACCAGAAUCUCGUUAGUGCAAAAGCUUAUCCUUGCGUUGUUAACAAGAGAAGAGCCUUAUCUCAGAAAAAGCAAGGAAGUUGUGAGAAGAAGAAGCUUGAUUCAUUACAUCCCUCAAUUUCAAGAUCUCAAGAAGAGACCAAGAAGCUGAAACCAUCGCUUCCAAGUAGUAGUGGUAACGAGUUCGGUGAUUGUAUAUUCAUUGAUGAAGAAGGAGAAGAGGAGAAGAAUGAACCUACAUUGGACCAACCUAUGCCAAUGUCGUUGGAGGAACUCUACAUUGAAUCUGAUCCAAUGGAGGAAGAAGUUGAGAUGGAGGAUAUAAUAGUGGAAGAAGAAAAAGGAGAACCGGUUUUGGAUAUUGACGGAUACGAUGCAAACAACUCUCUUGCAGCUGUUGAAUAUGUCCAAAAUCUCUACGAAUUCUACCGUAAAACCGAGAGAUUUAGUUGUGUUCCUCAAGAUUACAUGGCGCAACAGUUUGAUAUAACUGACAGAAUGAGAGCAAUACUUAUCGAUUGGCUCAUCGAGGUACAUGACAAAUUUGAGCUAAUGAACGAGACACUGUUUCUAACAGUGAAUCUGAUAGAUAGAUUCUUGUCCAAGCAAGCUGUUGCAAGAAAGAAGCUUCAGCUUGUUGGUUUAGUUGCAUUGCUCUUAGCUUGCAAGUACGAAGAGGUUUCAGUACCUAUUGUUGAUGAUUUAGUUGUCAUUUCGGACAAAGCUUAUACGAGGAACGAUGUUUUAGAAAUGGAGAAGAUUAUGCUUAGUACUUUACAAUUCAAUAUGUCGUUACCGACGCAAUACCCUUUCUUGAAGAGGUUCCUUAAGGCAGCUCAAUCAGACAAGAAGCUUGAGAUCUUGGCGUCGUUCUUGAUCGAGCUUGCCCUUGUGGACUACGAAAUGAUUCGGUAUCCACCAUCCUUGCUAGCCGCCACUGCAGUGUACACAGCGCAAUGUACAAUCCAUGGCUUCAGUGAAUGGAACAGCACUUGUGAAUUCCACAGUCACUACUCUGAACAUCAGCUCAUAGAAUGUUGUAGAAGAAUGGUAAGGUUGCAUCAGAAAGCAGCGACGGAUAAACUAACAGGAGUACAUAGGAAAUACAGCUCCUCCAAAUUCGGAUACAUAGCAACAAAGUAUGAAGCUGCACACUUUCUUGUGUCAGAUUCUCACUAAAAGAGUGGAAAAUAGUAGUUUCUGUAUAGCUGCUAAUAACAUUUUCCCUCUCAUUUUUUAGUUACAAAAAGAAAACAUCAACACAAUAAGUUAAAAACUUCCUCUGAAUUUGAUUUGUAAUUUUUCUUUUAUUGAUAUCUCAGCAA